AUGCCUGCCACAUCCGCCGGGCUCUUCCGGCCCCGGAAGUUUGCCGCGCCCGCCUCGCCCGCGGCGCCCGCAAAACUCAGCUUUCUAGCGGACCUGACCACGGACCUCGCCGCGCCGCCAGGCGUCCCCUCCGCGCCCUCUUCCGGCGCCACAGAACUCACCAAAAAUGACAAGUACAGCGUGGCGCGGCUCCCCGCCGUGCCGCCCGUGCUCGGGGGCCACUCGCUGCCCAGCGCCGCCGCCGCCGCUGCGCUCAACGCGUACACAGACAACGCCACGCGGUGUGCCUUGGCCGUGGGAGAAAACACCAUCAAUGUGUGGCCCUACUCGUCCACGGACGACACACCACUCACGUUCGAAUUCCCUCUUGGCACGCCGGCGCCGUCCGCCGGGCCGUUGGCCAUCCUCACGCGCCCGGCGCCGGGCACCACGCUCGACCCGGGGCUCGCCGUCAUCGACUCGUGCUCCGGCCACGUGUGCUUCUACGAAAGCGUCCAGUACGCGCCAGCGCUUGGCAUGAUCCGCAGUGCACGCAGCGAGACCACAGUGGCGCUCCUGGCCGCGCAGGGUGAGUACAUCACGCUCGCGGAGAACGUGGAGCCCGCGGGCAUUGCCGUGGCCACGUCGUGGCAGCGCGUGGUGCUCGUGGUGUUGCGUGACCACUCCGGCGCGCCGCACUUGUCCUCGGUGGAGCUUACCCGGCCGCCAGCGUCGCGCCGCUUUGCCGGCUGGCUCCGUGGCGCGGCACCCGGCGAGCUCGGCGACGAGAUCGUGGCCAUCAGGGCCGGGCCACCGGGCUUGCACGGCCAUGGCCAGCAGAUCGUGGUGCUCGACGCGGCAGGCUCGUUCCGCAGCUUUGUCUUCCUGGUAUCCGCCGCUGGCAUGCCGUUCGUCGACCACCGCAGCACCGUGCUGUACGCGCUCGCGUCGCACUUGGAGCGGAACGUUGACGGCUUGAUCCCCGGUGCCGUGCUCGCGUCACGCUUCCUCGACCUCCAGCCGCUGGUCCAGGACAACGCGGCGCCCCACGACGUAUAUGUGUGCUUGGUGGCCGUGCGCAGCUCCACGCACGGCCUGGACGCCGAGCAGCUCCUCCUCCUCAAGCUCCAGAUCAAUGCCAGCGGCGUGUUGGUGCUCGGCUCGCACCAACUCCCCGGCGUGCUGCCGCUGCUGGCUGCGCUGCCGGCCCCUAGCCCGCGUCUCUACAUCCCGCGGCCCGGCAGGACUGCCUUCGUGUACGUGGGCAACUCGGUCAUCAUGAGCGACUUAUCCCCGGCCACGUCCGCAACCGCUUCUCAGGACUUCUCUUACUACGAGCCCCAGUGGGAGGACGUUGUCAACUUCAAGACCGCGGUGCAAAUCAUCGGCUGCGGCUACGAAGACAGGCGUGCCGCCCCCGAAAACCCGGCGUUGGUGUUGGUCACAGCCGGCCACGGCGUGGUGCGCAUAGAGAGGUUUCUCGAGGACCCCACAGGCAGCACUGCCAUGGAUACCGACCCCUCUGAUCCCGUCGCUCUCCUCAAGUCCCACAUCAACCAGGCCAUCUUCUACGGCGACUCCUCGCUUGUUAACUUCGACGUCGACGCCUCGUUCCUGCUAGACACAAUCGAUCCCGCCGUACGCUCCGUGGUCUCCAGCAUUUUGGAUUCCUCCUCGCCUUAUCUCCCCGGUAACUUCUCGAGCACAAGAGACUCGUUUAGCCUCAGGCUCGAGUUGUUACGGCGGCUCAUCGAAUAUACGCGCUCCAACUUUUCGGACUCUCUUUAUGCUGUUUUGCCCGUUAUGGUUGAGGCUUUGGAGAAAUUGGAAGUCGCUUCCAACUUGUGGAACAUUAUUGACUCCCACUCUGCUGAAGUGGUGGACUUGAAGUCAAUUCUCAAGCGCAUCAUUACACACAACGACUUGGUGCAAAAAGCCCUGUCUCAGGACACCAUCCGCUUGUUCUUUGCCAAUAACGUGGACGAGAUUCUACCAGUCCUCACCGAGCUCGUGGCCGAGAUCUCCGCCUCGAACGUGUCCUUGAAACUCUUGGUCAUGAUCUUGGUCAGUACUUUACACGACGCAGUGCACAAGAACGAGGUCGCGUAUAUCUUUGGGAACAGUGAAAUACCACCGUUCAAAUUAUGGCUUUUUGACUCAAGCUUGUUGGUGGAGGCGGAGCAGAUCUACACCAAGGCUUUUUGCUCAAAGAAUGAGGCAUUUCAAUUUUUGGACUCUUCCUCCAGUCGAAAUGAGUUGAUACAGUUCACUGAAACGUUGUAUUUUCUUAUGACCAGCGCAAUUCAAUUCAUGCAGCAAACAAACGAUGACCAGCUUCAUGAAUACUUAAAGUGGUACAACAGGAGAAAAGGGGCGUGGGUCGACGCCUUGAUUUCGCGUGGCUUAAUAAGAGAAGCAUUGGCUAUUUCUCAGAAAUACCAUGACUUCUACUCUGUUGCGCAUAUUCUUGAGAAAGAAAGGGACCAAAUGUCUCCAGAGUAUGUCUUCGACAAAAUCGACUUUUUCAUGAAUCAGUAUGGUUACAGCUUCGCGUCAAAACUUUUUGAUUUUUACAUUCUGAAAAAGCAGUUCCAGCGGAUUCUUGUGGACUGCAAACCUUAUGAGACUUUUCUUGAGCAGUAUUUCCAAGAGAACCCCAAAAAUUCUGAUGAGGUUUCAUGGAUUUAUUAUUUGCAAGUAAGGAACUUCAAAGAAGCAUCUAACGUUUUGAUGUCCUUGUCCAUUGAUGAAACGACUGAAAAUCAAGGAGUUCGAGAGUUCAAUUUUUCCAUGGCUAAGCUAUGUGCUAUUGUCGCCAAGUCCGAAGGUACAAUUGUUGAAGAUGGGACAGGACUAGACGAAUUAGCUGUCGAUGCGGAAAACAAUCUUGUGGCGAUCAGAAUUCAGAACCAACUUCAUCAAAAAAUAUCCUCCUUUGUGGACAACAAAAGGGAAUUAAUAACUUUGGAAUACUUCGUUGCGAACUUCUUGAAUCCAAAGUUGAGCAGAAAUGAAGUAGAGACCAAAAUUAGUCCGUUUUUCCAGAGGUUUGUUGACGAAAAGACACUUUCGAAGGAAGAGUUGAUAUCCCUUUUGACUUCCAUUAAUCCGACAACACACGGAUUUAAUCAAGUUUUUUCAGAUUCAUUAAAGAUUGCUGCCCUCAUAAGCAACGAUUCGAUCUUCCAUAAACAAGCCUGCGAUAUUUGGAAAAGGUUGAUCUGCUCUACUGACGACUGGGGAUUGAUAUCUGCCACUGAAGGAAACAGCGAUGAGGUAAACAAGUCAAGGGUGAAAGGCACAGUGUUAUUCAAUACGUUGAAAGUGGUGCAGGAGCACAAGGAAAUCAUGAGUGUAUUGGAUGAUGUGUUGAAAAAAACGCAUGAGGACUUCAUCAUCGAGGAGGGUUCUUGGGAUGAGAAACUCCAGCAGCUCGUGGUGGAGUGUAACAUUGAAAUGUGGAUAAGUACAGUGCGCAAUGAGGCGAAGUAA